AUGGAGCGGCACUGGAGUAGUGAAUCUGGGCAUGUGAUGGAGCGGCACUGGAGUAGUGAAUCUGGGAAUGUGAUCUCUUCUUCUUCCCCAUCACACUCACGUAAUGGUGGACAUGCUCGCUCCUCUUCCCUCACCGGAAUUUCAACCAUUAAAAGAACUCAGAAUGUUGCUGCUAAAGCCGCUGCUCAACGCCUCGCCCAAGUCAUGGCUUCUCAGACUGUCGAUGACGACGAUGAUGACGAUCUAGGAUUUCGCUACAGUGCUCCUCCUCCUCUCGCUCUCUCCAGGAAGUCCUCCGCCACCACCACUACUACUCAUACUCAUAGAUCUCCAUCUAAUAAGGAAGAAUCAGCGGUAGUAGCAUCUAAUAAUAGACCACCGCUGAAUCAGAGGACUCCACCCCCUGUUCUGCCAAUACAACCGUCCAUUCAUAACACUAAGCCCAAAGAUAAAAGAUUUCCCUUUCAUAACGGACCCAUUCAGCCUAAAGAUUUAGGAGACAACCGUGAAGCAUCCGGUCUUCGCGAUGAGGUCGACGUGCUUAGGGAAGAGAAUGGAAGUAUUUUUGACAAGCUUAGACGGGAGGAAGAGAGAUGCAAGGAAACAGAGGCCAGAGUUAAGGAGCUUGAGAAACAGGUCGCUUCCCUUGGAGAAGGAGUAUCUUUGGAAGCUAAACUCUUGAGCAGAAAGGAAGCCGCAUUACGUCAAAGAGAGGCCGCACUGAAAAGUUCAAGAGAAUCAAAGGAUGGAGUUGAUAAGGAAAUCACAUCUCUACAGGCUGAAGUUGAGCGCGCAAAAGUAGAGACUGAAGCAACAGUGAGACAGCAGAAUGGAGCUGAAUCUGAAGUGAAAGCUCUCCGAUCAAUGACACAAAGAAUGGUAUUAACUCAGAAAGAAAUGGAGGAAGUUGUUCUGAAGAGGUGUUGGCUAGCUCGUUAUUGGGGUUUAGCCACAAAAUAUGGUAUCUGUGCAGAUGUUGCAGUUUCAAAGUAUGAACUUUGGUCAUCCUUAGCCCCUCUUCCAUUUGAGAUUGUUGUUUCUGCAGGACAAAAGGCCAAGGAGGAAUCCUGGGAAAAAGGCGAUGAUGCAACAGAGAAGAGGAGCAAUCUUGUUCCAGACUUGAAUGAUCUUACUGGAGAAGGAAAUAUUGAAAGUAUGCUUUCGGUUGAGAUGGGACUCAAGGAGCUUGCUUCUUUAAAGGUUGAGGAUGCUAUUGUGCAAGCAUUGGCCCAACAACGGCGUCCAAGUCCAAAUUCUGCUCGACAACUAGUAUUAGAUAUUAAAUCACCAGGGGAUCCUAAGUUUAUGGAAGCAUUUGAGCUGAGUCCAGAGGAAUCUGAGGAUGUUCUUUUCAAGGAGGCCUGGCUGACUUAUUUUUGGAGAAGAGCCAAGGCUCAUGGUAUAGAGGAGGACGUCGCCAAAGAACGCCUUCUGUUUUGGAUUGGUCGAAGUAGGCAUUCACCUACUUCGCACGACGCUGUUGAUGUGGAGCAAGGGCUUUCGGAGUUGCGGAAAUUGGGGAUUGAACAUAGACUUUGGGAAGGAUCGAGAAAAGAAGCUGAUCAGGAGUUGAGUAUUGCACCAAAGAUUGUGGUUGAAACAUAUGAAUUGUGA